AUGGGAAAAGUGUGUUUGGUGACGGUGGGAUCGACCAAAUUCGACGGAUUGAUUGAUGAAGUGUUGAGACCAGCAGUAUUGAAGCGAUUAGCCGAGCUGGAAUUCGACAGAUUGGUCAUUCAGUGUGGAGCUGGAGCGUCUUUUGAGAAGUUUAGUCACAAAUCUGUGGUGAAAGAGAAUGGAGAUCAGAAAAUCAGAUCGUUAAUCGGAGAACAAAAGACUCUGGAAUGGCAAGAAUUUGGGAUUAAUGUAAGCUUUGGAAUUAGAUCAUGCUCCUGUUUUUUCUAAAUGAAAUUUUUUGCCGUAAUAUCCCCUCAGGAUUAUUUGAAAUCCAAGUUUUCCAAUGACUUCCCCAAAUUAUCAUUUUUCAAUUGGGGUCAGGGACAGUUCAGGUCAAAGAUACUAUGGAUAGCGUCGGUUCGUCGAUGUAUGCAUGGGGAGGCUAGAGAAGGCUUAGUUAGUAGAAAUAAUAAGAUUGAUCGGGUCCUAGCAUAGUUUAUCACCUGUUUUGAGGGAUUUUACAUGCACUCACAUCAAUAAUGUCUAGAUAAAACUUACGGAUCUUCGUUUUUUGCCGCAAAUUUUGGUCUUUUAGAUGUUACAAUAACUCAGGGUAAAUAAAAAUAACGUUAGUAAUAGCUAAAAUUAGAAAAAGUAGACAUAUUGCAAGUCUUCGCCAAGUCUCCGCCGCCCGUCCCACGGCUUUGUGAGGCCUCGUAGGAACAUCCUAGAACCUAUUCCGGGUAUCCCCUCUCUCUACGCCCCAUACCGAUCGCAAUAACUCAGGGUACAGAGAACUAACGAUAGUAAUAGCUAAGACUAGAAAAAGUGGACAUAUUUCAAGGCUUCGCCAAGUCUCCGCUGACCCUCCGCUGAGCGUCCGCCGACCAUCCAACGGCUUUGCCAGGCCUCGUAAGCAGUUCCUACAAACUUUUUUGGGUAUCCACCUUCCCUACGCCCCUUAUCGAUAGAUUUUGUGCUGACCCGAAUUGUCAUCAACCAGAAAAGUCGAGACGCGAAAAAAAACUUUGAUUUAAACCCCCUGAGAAGAUAUUCCGACAAAAAAAUUAAAAAAAUGUGAAGCCCGUAGAUCCCUAAAAAAUAAUGUUUUGAUCUCUUUUAUUUCCCCAGUCCUUGGAUAUCAGAGUAUUUUCAUAUUUUUCAGAUCGUCCUCCUCCGAUAUGUUGACAGUCUGCUCCCUCUAAUUCACCUGUCAAACGUUGUAAUCGGCCAUGGUGGCGCAGGGACAAUCUUGGAAGUGACCCGAGCCAAAAAGACCCUGUUUGUUGUGGUCAACCGCUCGCUGAUGUCGGAUCACCAAACAGAAUUGGCUGAGGAAUUGGCCAAGACCAGGGAUUUGCACUUUGUUUCAGAGCCAAGCGAAUUACUGGAUGCGUUGAAGAAGGAUGUUCAUCUUAAUCCCAAUGUGGAUUUGCCGACGCAAGAAGAGCGACAAAAAAUUCUUCGUGGCUUGUAUGAUAAUUGCAAUUUUGUAAGAGCUUGGUAA